GUCAGUCCUUUUGAUUGGCACGAAGAGGCGGCUACGUGAGGUCCUGCUUUACUGAGCUCCUGGGAAAACGAAAUGGAGGGGUUUGUGUCUAACCUAACGGUCUGCAAUCUGGCCUACAGCGGAAAGCUGCAGGAGUUGAAGGAGGAGAUCCUGGCCGAUAAAUCCCUGGCUACUAGAACUGACCAGGAUAGCAGAACUGCAUUGCAUUGGGCGUGCUCAGCAGGACAUACAGAAAUUGUUGAAUUCUUGCUGCAGCUUGGAGUGCCAGUGAAUGAUAAAGAUGAUGCUGGUUGGUCUCCUCUUCAUAUUGCCGCUUCUGCUGGCCGGGAUGAGAUUGUAAAAGCCCUUCUGGGAAGAGGUGCUCAAGUGAAUGCUGUCAAUCAAAAUGGCUGUACUCCCCUACAUUAUGCAGCUUCCAAAAACAGACACGAGUUUUCUUCUCCUUCUUUCCAGAUCGCCGUCAUGUUACUGGAAGGCGGGGCUAAUCCAGAUGCUAAGGACCAUUAUGAGGCUACAGCAAUGCACCGGGCGGCAGCCAAGGGUAACUUGAAGAUGAUUCAUAUCCUUCUGUACUACAAAGCAUCCACAAACAUCCAAGACACUGAGGGUAACACUCCUCUACACUUAGCCUGUGAUGAGGAGAGAGUGGAAGAAGCAAAACUGCUGGUGUCCCAUGGAGCAAGUAUUUACAUUGAGAAUAAAGAAGAAAAGACACCCCUGCAAGUGGCCAAAGGUGGUCUGGGUUUAAUACUCAAGGGAAUGGUGGAAGGUUAAACAGCUUGGAUUUAUUUUUUCUUUGUAUGUUUGUAGUUGUCCCCAGUGUCCUGGAAACAAAUGUACUUGGUGCAUAAGACAUCAUCUAUGAAUGAUGAAGUUUUUUUCAUCUUCAAAGUCUUAUAAACAUUUUGAAUAUUGUUCCUACUGAGAUAUUUGUUCUGAGUUUACAAUUUGCUUUCCAGGCAUGUAAUAACUGUUGAAAUUGUUCUACUGUUGUUGUAUAAUCUAUAUAGAAUUUUGGUUAAUUUUGAGUAAGUGAUUCUGUGACUAUUGUGAGACUUUAGCACUCUCCUGUGCACUCUCUGUCCCCCUCUGAGGCAAAACAACCUCAGUAGCCUCAGGCCAGUUGUUCUGCCAAAUAUUUUAAGGUGGAUUCUAGAAUGUUCCUUCUGUCGAGUUGAAACACAUCCUAACUUGUUUUGCAAGCUCACUCAGAGGCUUAUACCAAAAAUUGCUGUUUUUCCAGCAGUACAUUUAAUUUAUUUUUGUUAUGGGAGGAAUACUUACAUAUUUUAGAGGACCAAAUUUUCAGUUGAAGGGCCUGUUAUUCCAACUUUGGUAUUCAGAAGCACUAAGAUAAUAAAAAAAUGAUAGCCUGUACUCAUGUAUCCUUUUAAUAAGCUGUUUCCAUCUAUAAAAUAUGCUGUUUUUAAAGAGGAAGUUUUUAAGCACCUAGAUUAACUCAUCCUGUAUUGAAAAGAAUGUAAAGCUUGUUAACAUGCUUUGUUCCAAAAAAAUGUACUUUGAUUUGUAUAUCAGAAACUAAAAAAAUAAAAUGUUGAGACAGUC